AUGGCUUACAACUAUGCAAAGCUCGGCCACCUUAGCUCUUCAAAAGACCCCCAAUAUGACAUUAUUGUAGUGGGCUCUGGUCACAAUGGCCUCAUUGCAGCGGCAUACCUCGCCAAGGCCGGCAAGAAAGUUCUCGUUAUUGAAAAGGCGUCUUAUCCUGGUGGAGGCGUUGCCUCUUUGACCAUGGCAGAAGAAGGAUUUACCAGUGAACGACACAGUGCCAUCCAUCAAAUGAUCCUGGCCAACCCCCUCGUAACCAAGGAUGAGCUGGAACUUCAGUCAAAGUAUGGCUUACGCUAUCUCCCACUGGAACCGGCCUACGCAAUCAUCUUUGAAGAUGGAGUUCUUCCACUGUACCAUGAUGUGGAACGGACCGUGGACACCAUCACAGACUUCUCCAACGAAGCAGAAGGCCAAGCCUACUUGAAGUUUGCUACAUUGGCCACCAAGUUUGUCGAGCUAUCCAUGCCAUCUAUGUUCGUUCCACCAACAACGCCUGUAGACCUAUCGGCCCACCCAGAGAUAGCCCAAGCGGUCGAGUUUGCGGCCAAGAAUAGCUCUCUUGAAGUGGUGGAGCAGUACUUCAAAAACCCAACAGUCCAAGUCGCCAUUCUCCGAUUCGUUACGGAAGUACAGCUGGCACACCCGAAGACCCCAGGCACAGGCGUCAUGGCCUACAUGGCUAUUGGUCUCUUACACAAAUACGGGUUGGCUGUACCUCAGGGAGGCGGUUCAGCAUUCACCGCGGCCGUGAUUCGCGCCCUAGAGGCCCACGGAGGUGAAGUGCGCCUCAACACUGAAGUCAUCAAGAUUGUGACCGAAAAUGGUCGCGCAAUCGGUGUCCGUACAAGAGCCGGUGAGAUUCGUGCCCGGAAAGCUGUAGUCGCCCAGAUCCACCCUCACAUCCUUGACAGGCUUGUAGAUGGAUUAGAUCCAGAAGUUACAAUUCCAGCAAAGGAAACGAGACUUUCUGAGUAUACUCUUUUUGUUGUCCAUGCAGCCAUGGAGUCGCCGCUGAGAUUCCGGGCUGGCGGUGUAGCCAACAAAGUGGUCAUGAAUACCAUCUGUCCUGGGAGUGUCGAGUCACUUCUCAAAAGCUACGAAGAGAUAGAUCAAGGCAAGAUACCCGAGGACUUAAUCAUUGGGGCCUCUAUCAUCACCAACGCUGACCAGACGAGAGCUCCGCCAGGGAAAUCGCUUCUACAUGCUGUGGUGAUGGUCCGAGCCGACAACGCUGAGGUUGGCUUCCAUGGAUGGGAUGCAAUCAAGGAUGAAGUCACCUACAAGGUUUUUCGGUACUUAUCCAAGUAUGUCGAGGACUUGACACCUGAUCAAAUUCGGGGCUAUCAUGCGGUGACCCCCCUUGAUCAUGAGCAUGACACGUCCAGCUUCCAAAGAGGGGAUAUUUGUGGCCUCUCAAUGGCUUUCGAUCAGAUGGGCGGUUCUCGUCCUACCCUUGCCUUGGCCCAAUAUCGAGUUCCUGGCGUCAGCGGUCUUUACCUCGCAGGCCCUUUUAUGCAUCCAGGUGGCGGGGUAUGGGGCGGCGGGCGUCCUGUGGCAAUCCGUGUAUUGGAGGAUCUAGGUAUAGGAUUUAAAUUGUAG